AUGGGAUUCUACAAGUACUCUGCUCUUGCUCUUCUUGCUCUUCGUGCUGUCAGUGUUUUCGCUGCGCCAGAAAGUACUGAAGAUCAACGUCAAGAAGCUGCUGCAGAAGGCUUCGAAACUCCUCCAACCAAUCUUGCCGUCUCCGUUACUGCUUCAUUCCCUCAAUCCGAAAUCUUCGGUGUUAAACUCGUCAAUGGCCAUGCUUCGCAAGCUAUCAUUUCCAUCAAGAACGAUGAACCUGAAUCUGUGCAACUAGCUGUUAUCGGAGGCGCAUUGUCUACCCUCCAAACACUGCCGGAAGGAACUCAUCCAAGUGCUGCUAUUGUGCGCAACUUGACCUCGACAAGAUAUGAUGUUGAGGUUGAGGCAGGUGAACAGCAAAUUCUGCCUUAUGCAUUUACUACCGACUUGAACCCCCAGGAUUUGCGAUUGAACAUCAUUGCGGUCGUGGCUAGUCAAAAAGGUGGUGUUUACCAAAUUCAGGCUUAUAAUGAGACUGUUACUGUUGUUGAAGCUGCUACUAGCAUCUUUGAUCCUCAAAUCAUCUUCUUGUAUCUUGUCCUCCUCGCAGCAACUGUCGCUACCCUGUUUUUCGUCUACAAGACAUGGAUUGAAUCUCUAUUCCCACAAACUCGCAAAGGUGGUAAAGGUGGUGAACGUGCCAAGCGUUCAUCUGGAGGAAGCAAGAAGGCUGUCGACGUUAAGGAUCAGGUUUCUGUUAUUGGUGCUGAUGGACCAGCUGUUACAACUCAAUCUUUGGCACAACAAGCUUACGAUGAGAGCUGGAUCCCUGACCACCACAUCAACCGUCCAUCCGCAAGACGUGUUAAGAGCGGCGGCUCCAAGAUCAAGACUAAGAUUGUAUCUGAAUAA